GAACAGUGCGUCAGCGCGUCACUGUCACCGCGUUAAUUAUCAAAUCCUAUUAACAUAUUGAAUAAAAUCGUGAUAAAUUCGUGCUAAAAGUAACAAUGAACGUUCACAAGCUCUGGGAGUACAGGGAAUAUGUCAACGUGAAUGGAAUGAUGCUGACCAGUGAGCUGAUCUCCCUCCUACAGAACUCCUUAACACUGCUGCAAAUCGAGAACCAUUUCACGCACGUCCAAUACUGGGGGCAGCUGUACGCAAUAGACGCUGACUACCAUAUCGCAGUAGGUAUCACGAAUGACGCCAUCACAGAUCGAAAAUAUUUCUACACCACCGACUUCAAGUUUUGGGGCCUACUGCCCAAACCGAAGAGGAAGUACAAGCUCCUGUCACUCAUCACCACUUUCCCGUUCCGAGGUGAUCCAUCCCUCAAGAUCAAAGUUCUAGACGAAUCUUUAGAAGAGAACCAUCCGGAACGGUGUACCCUCAUGAAAGAAGAAAACCGCUUAGCGGCUACGAUCAGCAACAUUUCUGAUGAAGCUGAGAUCUGCGCAAGGGGGCAGCUGAUUCAACAGCCGGACGGCUGCGUGGUCAUCAACCCCAACUACUAUGGACUGACAGCUCCAGAAGCAAAGCUCCUAAAGUCUUAUUUGCACAUCAGGCAGCCGCAGCAACGUUGGAAUACAAAUCUGUUGACUCGACAGGACUACAACUACAGCAUGGAUAUCCUCGACUCCAUUGACCAGGACAUACCGAGCGGUUGCUGGAGUUUAUCCAUGGAAAAGAGCGGCAGCGUGGCCUAUCUGAGGAGCUUGUACUGGCCUGGGAUGACCUUCUUCCAUAAAGUGAGGACUCCCGACGCUGGUUUUCUAUACGUCGGUAGUGGUAGAAAAAAUAUGGAUGUUCCUUUUCUUCUUUAAUUAUUUUGUUUAUUGAAUUAAAAUAAUUUGAUUUUAUUAUUUUACACAUAUUAUUUAUAUACUGGCUGCCGUUGUAGAACCAUUAGCAGACCAUACAGUUUUUAUUACUGUAAACUAGGGAUUGCCCGCGACUUUUUAUGCAAGAAAUAAAUAGAUUAUCG